AUGGAAAUAUUCGAAAGCUGCUGUCGGACUUGCGGGAGCGAGUGCCUGGAGGCCCUUAACAUUUUUGAGGAGAAAAUCACGGUCCUUAAUAAGAAAGUGACGCUACUGGAUAUACUUGCAACCUGUUUGCCCUCGUCGCUGCCAUCCUUAAAUGAAGACGAUGACUACCCCAAGCAAAUCUGUCGCAUCUGCGUAAAGAAAGUAAUCCUGGCCUACGAGUUCCACGAUACCUGGAUAACCGCCCACGCGGAAUUCAAUGUGGCACUGAAAUUCGAGCAGAGACGAAAGCGCAGCCUGGCUACCCGGACACAGGCGAAACCCAAGGUAGACUACCCGGCGUACCCCUCCAGAGGCGAUGCGAUCGAGGAUGCUCAUCAGACGGAUGAUUGCCCCAACACGGUGGUCUUCAAAAUAGAGCCUGAAACUGCACCAUCUUCCACAGAUGUGGCGUUAGAGUUGCUGACGGAGGCCACGCCGACAAAGGAUGGCACAAGCAUCAAGUGCGGAUUCUGCGAAGAGCGAUUUCACACGACAAAGGCCUGUAGAUUCCAUUGCAGAUUCGUGCAUGGGGUAUAGUAAAGUCAAUAACUCCAACUCCAUUCCAUUGUGUGUACGUUUAAAUGUUUGUUUUACUUAGCUAUAGCAUAAAGCAAAAAAAAGGUGCAGUGAGAAUGACAUUUUCCGCUA